AGAACAUUCUAAUUAAACAAAUUUUGUAGUUGACCAGUUUUGGUAGUAUUUGCAGCCAUGGCUUUGACGAGGAGUGCUGAUAGAGGGGUAGAUAAUCCUGCAGCGACUGAAGAUGACGGUUCAACGGCAACACCCGCUUUGGUAAUCAAUAUACAACCGCAAACACGAGAAAGUAGCCGAGCCGAGCUCCCGGUCUCCACAACAGGCUGGCAGUCCAAUACAACGAGAGGGCAGUUCAUUCCCAUUCAUGGCCUUGACUUCCUCAUUGGUGCUUCAAGUUUACAAAUCCAACAAACUGUAGAACUCGUUGAACUAACUGCCAGGAUAGAAUCAGAAAACCGGUACAUAGUGAGGGUGCCGCAAGGCGAAGCUCUGUACAUUGCGAGCGAAGUGUCGACUUCGACACAGCGAUGUCUGUGCGGUAUGGGACGAGGCUUUGUGAUGCAUCUACAUGACAGUACUAGGCAAGAAGCAUUAGUGUUGCACAGGCGACUGGCUGCAGCGUCUUGCUGGUUCCCAUGCAGAUUACAGGAAAUGAAGGUAAUCACACCACCAGGAGACUACAUCGGCAGGAUACAGCAACAGUGGACGUGGGUGGUGCCAUUCUACUUGGUGCGCGACGUAAGCGACAACGUGCUGUAUGUCAUCGAGGGACCUGUGGGCUGGAGACGUAGGUCACUGCAACUCUCGGAAUUUAAGAUCUUGACAGGCGAUUCUCUUCGUCAAGUUGGCAAAAUUGCUCACGCCUGGGAUCGCGAGCUAGUCAGCUUCACUACAAAUAUCAACUUUCCAGUUCAUGCAGUCCAACCAAAACAUAAGGCUUUAAUUUUGGCGGCUGCGUUCUUGCUGGAAUACACUUAUUUUGAAAGCUCUAAAUUCAGUUGCUGUCGAUGCUGCUGUUAAAAAAAACCUGCCUUCAAAGAAAUGCACAAGACAACUAAUAACUUGUGUAAGAAACCAGGAAAUAGCCGGGUACAGUAAUUACUGAAACCAUCGCAUCGCUUGGAUGAUAGUGGCCAAUGCAAAUCAAGGCAUGUUAGGCACAUGUUUUUAGAAACUCUCUCUGCUAUUUACACUUUAAAGUUUAGCUUUUUUGUAAAUUUUUUUAUACGGAUACUUAGUUUUAAAUAA